AUGGGAAACUGUGCAGGAAAGAAAAAGCCAACCGAAUAAAAAACUACUGUCAAUAAAAAGGCAGAGCCUACAAAAUCAGAGAAAUCUAAGUAUGUCAGGCCAUAGCAAUUUGAUCAGACUUUGAAGGAUAGACAAUUCUUAGCUAAGAUACUUAUGUAUGAUUUAAACUUAGACAAGAAGCCACAAAUGUCUAUAGCAAGAAGAUUUGCUAGAGAGAAUACUAACGAUCAAGGUGAUAACUUGAGAAUGCAAAUUUCAGAAAUAGUAUUUUUGGAACUAAAGAAAUUCUUCUUCCUCUGUGCAUUCGCUAUCAACAUGGAUAGACCAAACUACGAAUACACCUUCAACGGCAAAACUUAUUUGAAAGCUCCAUUCCCCGCUCCAAUUUAUCUUUAAAAAGCGCUCGAAUUGCUAGUCCUUUACACUCAACAUUACGAUAAGUUCUGCAAUGACAUACUAGGAGCUUGGAUGGACCUCUAUGUACCCUAUGAGGAUACUCCCGAAGAUAACAGAUUGAUGGAGUACCACUAUUAUGAGUUGCUUCUGAAGUGUUUGGACAAAUUUGAAAAUUUAUUGGUGCCAUUUAAAAAUCUUUGGCCUAAAUACUCUGAUAUCGAGAUUUAUUACAAAGAUAGACUAGAAACCUAAGAUGUUUGGGUUUCCUAGCAAACUAGAGAGAAGUAUUAAAAGAAAGCUGAGGAAGGUGCCAAGCUUGCUUUAGCAAAUGAAGAUAUGUCUCCCUAAAUAAUGGAAAUGUAAGGCAUGGGUCUUUCAAAGGAGGAAUUAGCUAAUUUAAAAAAUAGACCGUUGUCUUCAAAGCUAAGUGAUAAUUGGGCUAUAGUUUUAGGGGGCUUUGAAAUUGAUCUUGAUAAUGAAUAUGCUCUGGAAGAACCUGCAGACUAUGAAGGCAAGGUAAAAUCUUUAAAAUUCUAGGAAGGCUUCACACAUGAAUUGAGAAGGACUGAUGUCUCUGACGAAGAUUUACAAAGCAAAAUUGAUAUCCUUAACGAUUACCAGUUUUCUUAGAAAUUUAUAGAAACUGUAUCAAAAAAAUAUGAAAUCAAGGGGGAAAAGAGAGUUAAACUCCACCUGAGUGAGUAUAAGAAGUUUUUGCUACUUUGUUACAUAACUAAUAAGGAGGUUACUCCAAGUGAAAAAGUAGAUUAUAUCUGGCAUCAUCAUCAAACAUACACUAGGGAAUAUAGAGAGCUUACAACCAAGAUUUUCGGCAAGACCUUGAGUCAUUUACCUACAAUGGGAACAAAGAAAGACGGAGAAAGAUUUGAUGAUUAAUACAAAUACACACUCUCAUUGUACUAGGCUAUGUUUGGAGAAAAGGAAAAUUCAAGUGCUUGGGAAUCCCCAGAAAACAGAUUCAAUCCAGAACUUUUUUCAUUUUCAAAUCUGAGUCUUGGCAAACUAGCUAACCUUCAUCUACUCAAGCAAUUUGUGGGGAAAAAUCUAGUUUUAGAAAUGAAUGAGAAAUCUGUAAAAGAUCAGUCAGCCUCUAGAGCUGAUAGAUUCCUCUCAAUAAGAAGAAAGAAUUACGUCUAAAAAAGAAGAGAACUUAGAUUGAAGCAAAAACUAGCCGUUAAAAAUAAGGAAAAAAAUGAUUAACAGUACAAUUUAAUGCAUAUCACUGGUGGUCCACUCAUAUUACCACAUUUCUCUGAAUAAAGCUACUUCGAUCAACCAAAUUUAUCACAGCGUAUUCUUUCUGGAUUUUAUGCAGAUCAUGAUUAUUUUGAUUAACUUGAGGUUAAGUAAAAACAUUCAAAUCUAGGAAUUCUUGAAUGUCUAGAUAGAUUACUAGAUCUGGGUCUAGGUGACUUUGACGUUGAAGGGGAUAACGAUGAUGACUACGAAAUUGCACCUUUAAAUGGGGAAAUGAGAGUGGGUAAACUAGGUGAUGGUUUACAAGAUUUCGAAAUCUAGAAUUAAAGCCCAAACAAAGCAUUAGCUGAAGAAGACUCUAUUAUAAUACCUCAGGGAGAUGAAUUUGAAUAUCCAAUAGUUGAUGAAGAGGACGAUAUUGUUGAGCCAUCAAUAUUUGAUGAGGAGGAGCCAAUUGGGAACCAGAAUAAGCCUAACUAAACCAAAGACUUCAGAGGUAUUAACAAGGUUAUCAUCAAGGAGGACUCACAAAUUUGA